AUGGGUGCUGGAGGCAAGCCAGUCAACAUCUUCACAUUCAAGAAGAAUGGAAAUGAGCCCCCAGAGGUCUUGAACUGGAAGCUAUGGUUCGCCGUCCUCUCUUUCGGUAUCAUGGGUGCUGCCCGUGGUAUCGAUGAGGGCUUGAUUUCGGGUACCUUCGCUACCAAGCACUUCCAACAUGCUCUUGGUCUCAACAAGCUCGACACAGUAGACCUUGCCCAGGUCAAGGCCAACGUUUCCGCCAUGGUUCAGAUCGGAUCAGUCGGUGGUGCCCUCUUGGCCUUCAUCCUCGCUGACCGUAUUGGUCGUCUCUGGGCCACUCGCCAGCUCUGUCUCGUGUGGAUUCUCGGUAUCGUGAUCUUCAUGACCAGCACCGUUCGCGGAGGUCGUCUUGGCCAGGUCUACGCUGGUCGCUUCAUUGCCGGUCUGGGUAUCGGCCAGACUACAGUCAUUGCCCCUGUCUACAUCUCAGAAAUUGCACCCAAGAGUGUGCGUGGACUGUGCACAUGCGUCUUUUCUGGCUCCGUCUACAUCGGUAUCAUGCUUGCUUACUUCGCUUCAUGGGGUAGCUCUCUUCACAUCAGCAAGACCUCGCCUAACUCAUGGGAGGUUCCGACCUCAAUCCACUUGAUCUUCGCUGGUCUCAUCUUCAUCCUCUCGUUCUUCAAUUACGAAUCACCACGUUACCUCAUCAAGGCUGGCAAACGCGACCAUGCAGUAGCAAACUUGGCUCGUGUCCGUGGACUCCCAAUUGAUCACGAGGUUGUGCAGGGCGAAAUUGCUGAAAUCGAGCACCAACUUCACGAGGAGCAGGAAGCUACUAUGGGCCAAGGUGCUAUGGGUUAUAUUAAAGAGAUGUUCUUCAUGCCGAACAACGCAUAUCGACUUUACAUUGGCCUCGGAAGCCAGAUCUUGUCCCAGUGGUCUGGUGCCCAAAGUAUGACAGUCUACGCUCCCGACUUUUUCGCUCUCCUUGGCACCAAGGGUCAGAACGAGAAGCUGUUCGCCACUGCCAUUUUCGGUGUUGUCAAGUUCGUCGCUGCCAUUGCCUGCGCUCUCUUCCUGGUCGACUGGAUCGGUCGCAAGCGUUCUCUCAGCAUCGGUAUUGCCUGCCAGGCCAUCUCUAUGGCUUACGUCGCUGCCUUCCUUACCGCUGUUCCUGACAUUGAAGACAAAAACUUCAAGUUUUCUAAGAGCCAGAAGGCCGCUUCUACUGGCGCCCUUGUCAUGAUGUAUCUGUCAGGAUUUGGUUGGGCUAUGGGUUGGAACUCAAUGCAGUACCUUCUCAACGCUGAGAUCUAUCCCCUGCGCAUCAGAGCCAUCUCCUCCUCGCUGGUCAUGUGCUUCCACUUCGUCAACCAGUACGGCAACUCACGCGCUGUCCCUCUUAUGCUCCUCGACCACAGCGAAGGCGGUCUCGGCCCUGCCGGUACCUUCUGGCUCUUCACUGCCAUCACUAUCAUCGGUGGUGUCUGGGCUUGGUUCACCAUCCCCGAGACUUCUGGCAGAUCCCUCGAGGGUAUCGACAAGCUGUUCGAGCUUCCCUGGUACAAGAUUGGUCGCUACGGUGCCAAGGAAGCCGAGCUCAGCGACCAGUACGAGGCCGAGGUGCUCGACGAGAAGAAGGCCAACGUCCAGAUCAUCGAGCGCGUCGCUUAA